CGGGCGCGGCAGCGAUGGUGUGCUGGCUGGAGAGCGAGCAGUUCCUGACGGAGCUUACCAGGCUGUUCCAAAAGUGCAGAACUUCCGGGAGUGUUUUCAUAACGCUGAAGAAAUAUGAUGGCCGAACAAAACCAGUCCCACGCAAAGGCCACGUAGAAAGUUUUGAACCAGCAGACAAUAAGUGUCUUCUAAGGGCAACUGAUGGAAAGAAGAAAAUUAGCACAGUGGUGAGCUCAAAGGAAGUAAAUAAAUUCCAGAUGGCAUAUUCAAAUCUGCUGAGGGCUAACAUGGAUGGCUUGAAGAAAAAAGACAAGAAAAGCAAAACCAAGAAAAGUAAAGCAACACAGUGAUGGAACAGUGUCCUACCAUCACCAUAACAGACUUGACCCUCACUCAAAGCAAAGUCCAUUUCUUUUUGAGUUACCACUUGUCUUUGGCUUUCCUUCCAGCAGGAUACUGGGAUAUGAUCAGUACUUUUGUUUAAACUGAUAGCAGAGGUGCUUUCUUUGGAUUGUGGUGUGGCAGGAGUAUGUACAGUGUUAUACUAAAAUAGUUUUAGACUCAGAAGUUUUGUAUUUAUACUGCUGCUGUUUGUAAAACCUGUUUGGGGGGUAACACAGGGUGAAGAGAAAUGCACCAUACCAGAAACAAAAUAUGACUGGAGGAGGAGCCCCAGUGACAGAUGCCUAGUUUUAUACAUGAGCCUCAGUAAUAACAGGGAAAGCAGGUGCCAACAUAUUAUCAGGAACAGCUGCUUUCCUGUUUGUGUGUCUUAACCUGAGGGACAUGUCUACAUGAUGUAGUGUGGAUAUCCUUAAGGCAGCCAGCACAGUGCUCGAGCUCUUGUAGAGCCAGGCAGCUGUGCCUUCACUCCAUGCUGAUCCAGCUGUGCUCGCCCUGGCGGGGGGGAGGGUAGGACUUUGCAUCAUGUUCCCUUCAGACAUGGCUUAAAAAUGCUCAUGUCAUCUAAACUUUUAUUUUUUUUUAAACUUCAUCCUUCAAUAUAUUUGGGGAUCUGAAUUUUCCUUCCUUCAUAUGAGCAGAUGUAAAAAUACUUAAUUGUUCCUAUUAAACAUAAUGAAAAAUGGAUUUGGUUGUAAUGACUUGUCUUGGUGAAUUACUAGGAAUGGUACAGUUAUCUGUGCCUUUAGGAUUGAUUCUGCUGAUGCUGCUUUGGGUGUUGCUGUUACAAUUUUCACAGUUCUCAGAAGUUCUUGGGUUUGUCUUUAAAGUUACCUCUUUAUAUUUUAACUCUGCACUCCUCUUUACUAAAAGAGCAGAGCAGAAAUUAGUAAGUAGAUAUUUCUUAAUACAAUGAGCCUGCAGUGCUAAUGGCAGUCAUUUGAGUUAGAAAAGGAAAGAGGGGUAGGCUGUUUAAACAGAAGGUAGCAGGUGGGGAGGGAUGGUAAACACCAGUAUAUUUCCAGAAAUCUCUAACAUUUCUGCAUAUUCAUUUUGCAUAUUCACUUUGAUGUGAAAUACAAUGCAUAGUUAACUAUGGCUGCUAUAAUUCAUCUUCAGAUUCUCAGCUUCAUUUUUCCUGAUGGAGUUGUGCUACUUGCUUCAAGAAGAUAAUUAUAAUAUUCCCAUCAUUACUGACUUCAAACUUAAUCUGACAACCCAGGCUAGAAAUGAAUGUCUGAAGUCUUGUUUGCACCUGGGAACAAAAGAUUGGCAAAAUUAAAAUACACUGCUUGUGUGA